CAUACUUUCAUAAUAAACAUAUAUACAAAGAGAAUUGCUCAAAAAAAUAAAAUGAAGACUACUUUCUUGUUUGUGACAGCCUUGGCCUUAGCAUCUUGUGCAUUUUCCUUUGAUCCCAGCCCUCUACAAGACUUUUGUGUAGCUAUCAAUAACACCAAUGUAUUUGUGAAUGGAAAAUUCUGCGAGGAUCCAAAACUUGCUACACCUGAAGAUUUCUUUUUCUCUGUCAAAGAGGGAAACACAUCAAAUCCACUCGGUUCAAAAGUGACACAAGUGACCGUUAAUGAGAUAUUAGGACUGAACACUCUUGGUAUCUCUCUUGCUCGCGUCGACUUUGCACCUAAGGGUCUAAAUCCUCCGCAUAUUCACCCUAGAGGUACUGAGAUUCUUAUAGUGUUGGAAGGUACUCUCUAUGUUGGUUUUGUUACUUCUAAUCCACAAAACCGUCUCAUUACAAAAGUACUCAACAAAGGAGAUGUGUUUGUGUUUCCAAUUGGUCUCAUUCACUUCCAGUUGAAUGUGGGAUAUGGAAAUGCGCUUGCCAUUGCCGGACUUAGCGGCCAGAAUCCAGGUGUUAUUACUGUUGCAAAUGCGGUAUUUGGAUCUAAUCCAAAAAUCUCUUCAGAUGUUCUCACCAAAGCUUUUCAAGUGGACAAUAAGAUAGUGGACAAUCUUCAGAAACAGUUUUGGAUGGACAACAAUUAAAACAUGAUACUAAGAGUUGUAUGUUUAAACUUUUAUCCAAUCAAUUACAUUGAUAAUUGGUAUAGUCAUAGUUAAAUAAAAGUAUAGAAUUGAAUAAAAUGCAAGGCUUCAUAUGUACCUUGCU